AUAAAAAUGACACAUUUAAUUAAGGACACCUUUUAUAAGGAAAAACUUUAUUAGGUCUCUCUUUCUUCGUUUUCUUUUGCUUAAGAAUAGGCUGGUAAACAAAAAGAAGUGAAACAACCAAUUUCAGAAGAUGUGUUAAAGAAGGCACUAACUACAUAUGGUAAAACUGCUGAAGGAUAACAUUAUGCAUAUUUGAGUUUCAUGGCAAAUAAUUUAGACAUAACUAGUUUACAUGUAUUACUCACAUAUCUAUUAUGAUUAGGGGAUUGAGAAAUUCAAACAUCUUUAACACAUCGAUGUUAGUAAUAACUCUAUUAAGUCUCUGAAACCAUUAAAUGGAUUGAAAUAUAUCAUUACUCUAAAGGCUAGCAAUAACAGAUUGACAAAAUUAUUGGACUUAAAGUAUUUGAUUAUUGUAUACCAGGCACAUCCCAUUGCAAAUAAUGGAUGUAGAUUGCAGUAACAAUGAAAUUGAAGUUAUUCCAGACCUCAGUUGCCAUCGUUUUCUUCGCUAUUUGAAUCUCUCUUAUAACAAGAUUAGACAAAUAGAAGGAGUUCAAAAAAACAAGUACUUGUAAGUUUUGAAAUUGGCUAACAACCAUAUUGAUCAUAUUGAAAAUUUAGACGGAAUGAAUCUGACCGAAUUGGAUCUAUUUGGGAAUGAAAUUACAAUCCUGGAUGGUUUGACUUAAUUACCAAAGUUGAGGAAACUUGAACUCUCUCAAAAUUAAAUUAAGAGUCUAAAUGGAAUCGUUGAUCUUAUCUCAGUCAGAGAAUUGAGAAUGGCAAAUAAUAAGAUUUCAAGGAUAAAAGAGUUGUCAUAUCUGGAAAAUCUAGUAUUUCUUAGUGUUCUUGAUCUAUGUUACAACCCAAUAUAAAACAGACGAUAUUAUAGAUGGCAAGUCUUAUACAAAUUGCCAGGUUUAAGAAAUCUGGAUGGAGUAUAAGUUCCUCCAGAAGAUAUCGUCAAGGCAGAAAAUCUCUAUGGAAUGGAUUUAGAAGACAGAAAGAGAAUUUUUAAAGAAGUCUUGCCAGAUGAAGAAUUUAUAGAUAGAAGAAUUCAUAUAUCUGAAGUAAAUAUAUCGAUUAAUAUAACAGUUAAUUGAACCAGAGACUGAAGACGAGAAUGAGAAUUAAGAAUUUAUCGAUCAAUAUGAUAAAACAGGCAAAAUGAUGUAAAAAUAAACCAAAUCGAUGGGAUCAUAAAAAUCAAUUAGUGAAAUGGUAUUCCUAUCUUAUAUAUAUUAUCAAGUACCAUUCUAAUAAGAGCCUAUAAGAAAGGGAAUAUUAAUGA